AUGUCAAAAUACGAAGAAAAUAUUACUUUGCCUAACGGUAAAACUGUUAAAGCUUAUACUGGUCUUUUUAUUAAUAACGAAUUUGUUGACUCUGUUGAUUGCAAACGUUUUGAGACCAUCAAUCCUGCAACUGGCCAAGUUAUUACCUCUGUAGUAGAAGCAUCUGAAAAAGAUGUUGAUAUCGCCGUUGAAGCUGCUACAAAAGCCUUUAAUGAGAAAUGGAUUUAUAUAGGCGGCCAAGAACGUGGAAGAUUAAUAAAUAAGCUUGCUGAUUUAAUUGAACGUGAUACUGAUGAAUUAGCUGCUCUUGAAUCCUUAGAUAAUGGUAAAGCUUGUACGAUAGCAAAAUCCGAAGAUCUUCCAGCUGUAAUUGCUGUUUUUAGAUACUUUGCUGGAUGGUGUGACAAGAUCCAUGGCAAGGUUAUUGAGACCCAAACCGAUAAAUUUUGCUAUACGCGUCACGAACCAAUUGGUGUUUGUGGUGCGAUUAUUCCAUGGAAUUAUCCACUGCUUAUGUUAGCUUGGAAAUUAGGUCCAGCUUUAGCAUGCGGCAACGCAGUAGUACUUAAGUCAUCUGAAUUAACUCCUUUGACUGCCCUAAAAGUUGCCGCCUUAUUUAGAGAAGCUGGGUUUCCAAAAGGUGUCGUUAAUAUUCUGUCCGGAUUCGGUUCUCCAGCUGGUUCUGCUAUUGCUCAUCAUAUGAAAAUCGAUAAAGUUGCUUUCACAGGAAGAUCCAUAUUAAAAGCUUCCGCAGAUAGUAACCUGAAGAAAGUUUCUUUGGAAUUAGGUGGAAAAUCACCAAACAUUAUAUUUGCUGAUUCAGACCUUGAAGAUGCUGUUAAAUGGUCGUAUCAAGGAAUUUUUUCCAAUCAUGGUCAAUGCUGUUGCGCUGGCUCUCGAGUUUAUGUAGAAGAUUCUAUUUAUGAUAAGUUCGUUGAAAAAUUCAAAGUGUAUGCUGAAAACCUCAAAGUCGGUGAUCCUUUUCAUGAAGAUACUUUUCAAGGUCCUCAAGUUUCUCAACGACAAUUUGAUAGAAUCAUGUCUUACAUUGAAUCUGGCAAGAAAGAAGGGGCAACUUUGUUAUUGGGUGGUAAACGACAUGGUGACAAAGGCUAUUUCAUCUGUCCAACUAUUUUCACUGAUGUGAACGAAAAUAUGAAAAUCAUGCAAGAAGAAAUAUUUGGACCCGUUGUGGCCAUUGCAAAAUUCAAAACUGUCGACGAAGUAAUUGAAAAGGCACACCUGACAAAAUAUGGAUUGGCUGCAGCUGUCUUCACUAAAGAUAUAUCUCGAGCAAUAAAAGUCUCAAAUGCAUUGAGAGCUGGCACGGUGUGGGUUAAUUGCUAUAAUGUAGUUAAUGCCAAUGCCCCAUUUGGAGGUUUCAAAGAAUCUGGAUUUGGUCGUGAGCUCGGAAAAUACGCGUUAGAAUUAUAUACUCAAGUGAAAACAGUUCAAAUUAACCUUGAAUGCCAAAAGUGA